AUGUCUCUUGUUGGCAUUGAUAGCCAAAGACACUGGUCAUCAUCAAUUCACUUCAAGAAGAUUAGUUCUUUGUCUAUGUGUGCGUUGAAGUUUGAUGAUCGGCGAAUCAGUGUAAUGUCUUCAUCUCUCUCGCACGAUCUAUCUAUCUAUCUAUCUCUCUAUCUAUUUAUCCUAGAAUUUGAUGAUAUUUCUGCUCAUCUCUCUCUCUCUCUCUCUCUCUAUCUAUCUAUCUCUCUAUCUAUCCUCGAAUUUAAUAAUAUUUCCUUUUUAGGAACUACUUGUUCCGAUAUAGAUAUUUUAUGUAUGCUUGUCUUCCACGGGGAAUAUCUAUCUAUCUAUCUAUCUAUCUAUCUAUCUAUCUAUCUACUUAUGUUUAAUCAAAUUUUUUCUUUCUUGUUAUUUUUAUCAAUUAUUUUUUUUUCUAUUCUUUAUUACUUUCUUUGUUUCUUUCUUUCUUUAGUUCUUUCUUUUUGUUCUCUCACAUUUCAUCUAUUUUUUCAUUCGAUUUCUAUCUCUCUUGAAUCAUCAUUAUCUACUUCUUUUCUUUUCAAUCCCUUUUCUUCUCUUCUUCAUUCGUUCAUUUCCUUCCACCUCCUAUGUGAUUCUUUGUUUUUGUCUCCUAUGUUUGUUUAUAUUUGUUUUUUUUUCCUGUUCUUUUCUAUUUAUUUACUUCCCUUUUCCUUUUUUCUCUGCCUUCUUACUAUCUUCCUCCUCGUUAUAUCGCAUAUUUUAAUUUCGCUUUCUUUCAUUUCAUUCUGUCUUUCCCUUCUCUGUUGCUGCUUUCUUCUUCAUCAUUCUUUAUCAUGUAUGCAAGUAUAUAUGAACACCUCUCUUUCUAUCACUCUCUCUCUCUCUUUCUCUGUCUACCUUGAUAGCUUGCUAGAUAUUUUUUCUCAAAUGUAUAUCUAUGUCCAUCUAUCCCUAUAUUUUGUUCUUUUAGCUUAA